AUGCAAAGCGUGAAUUUAAUGAUUGUGGACGGUAACGCGAAAACCGACGUGUCGAAUCGCAAGGAGCCGGGCAUAUUCUGCGGCGAGAGCGAACAACCUCAGACUUUCAUGUCCGAAACGUCGUUCGUUAAAGUGCUGUUCCACGUCGAAAAUUUCACCGAUCAAACUUAUCUGAGCUUCGAUACGAGGGCCGAGCAACAAUUAGUCGUUUACCUGCGGUACGGGCAGCAUCCCGAGCUCUAUCCCAACAGGAGAGGCGAGGUCGUGCAAGGGUCAUAUUGCGAGAGAAUAUUUAGAGAUUGCCGUCUCCAAACUUGUUACGUUCAAUCGCCGGCUUAUCCCGGCAUAUACCCCCGGAAUUUGCAUUGUAGAUACUACUUAAACACAAGAUUGCCUUUUAUCAAGCUCUACAUUGAAAAUGAGGAGUUCAACGUCGACGGACAGCGCUGCGAGAACAUCAUGACGUGCCCGAUGAGACCGAUUUCAUCCGGCGACGAAAACUGCCCGUACGAUUACAUAAAAAUCUACGAUGGAAAAAACGAGUUCAGUCCGGUUAUCGGCACAUUCUGCGGAAUGGGCAAAUUCCCUUACUCCAUUAUCGGCACGUCGCAGGACCUUUUCGUGGAAUUCGUGUCGUCUCCUGCAGGCCCCCUGCUCAACACGGGCUUCCACUUCAACGUGGGAAACUGGCCCGGUCACGUAGACACUGCAGGAAGCAGGAACGGAACGUGCGACUGGCUGCUCUCGUCGGAGAGCCUGCGGGCCUCCGGCGAUUCGGAGGGAAUAUUUCUAUCUGUUGCUCAUUGGUAUCCGCCGCACACGAGCUGCACCUAUCUCAUGCAAGGCGAAGACGACGAAAUCGUCAGGUUGUAUUUUCCUAGAAUCAAUCGAAUAGAGUCGCCUAUUAGGCCCAUAGAAGGCGAUUGCGGCGAAUCUUUAACAUUGUACGAUGCAUCGUGGCCGGACGAUUCGAAAAUUAUCAAGACUUUCUGCGACACAUUUUCGAAGGCCAUGGAGAAGCACGAUUUCGUGUCAACCGGGAAUUCGCUGUUCGUUAGAUUCGAAAGCAAAACAGGCAGCUACAGCGGAUCUUCCUUAUAUUAUUGGGCCCACUACGACUUCUUCAACAACACGAAACUGGGCGAAGCCGUGCCUGGAAAGCAAUGCGACGAGAUAUUCUCUUCGUGGAAGCAAGUAAAAGGCUGGUUGCGAUCUCCGCUCAAUACCCUCGUAUACAAAACUCCCCAACAAAGCGACGACGUCAGUUGCUUGUACAGAUUCGUAACGGACAAACGACUAUUCGCCAGGAUAAUCCUAACGAUACACAACGUGUAUUUCAAGGAGCAUCCCUACAACCACGGACCGUGCACGAACUGUCUGGAAGACCGCGUGGACAAACUGGUGGUGUGGGAACCCCUUCCGCCGGGUGCGAACGCCUCGCACGCCCCGCUCACGCUCAACAAAGCGGCCCAAACCGGCGAGGUCACUUGCAUCUGCAAUCGCCAGGCGUUCGCCACGCAGAUCAUCUCCAAGGGCGAGCACCUCAACCUCCAGAUGGUCGUCGACAGCACGCACAGCGCCCUCAGCUACUUCAAGCAUCCGGCGUCGCUGUUCGAGGCCUCGUACGAAUUCGUGCACGGGCCCCUCUGCGGCCCCGCCAUCGUCCAGCCCAUCACCGACGGCGAGAUCCACUAUCCCUACUACGAGGCGAUAGGGUACGUGGAGCCGCCGAAGUCCAUCCGGUGCAUUUGGGAGAUCAAAGUGAACAAGGACAGGGACUUUUGGUUGCACUUCGACCACAUUAAAUUCUCGUCCAAGUCCUGCGACGACGGUAUCGUGGACAUCUUCCUCAAGGGCAGGGUGGAUCCCUAUUUGUCCGUGUGCGGGGAGAACGUUUCCCUGGCCAAGGAGCUUCCUAUACUGUCGUCGGCGGAGUUGAGUCCCGAUGGCAGCGAUCCUAGCAUCACUAUCCAAUUCAUAGGAAGAACGUCGCCUACGAGGGCGGCUUUUAAGAUCGCUUGGACGGAAAUGUUCCAUCUACCGCGGAACGUAGACGGUUCCUCUUUGAUAUCCUCGAGAUUAACAGAAGGGAACAACCCGGAGGACCCGCUGGGCGACGGUUGCGAGUUCCUUUGUCCCGGUGAACAACAACUCUGCAUCCCGGCUCGGCUGGUUUGUAACGGUGUGGUCAAUUGCCCUAACGUCACCGAUUACGAAGGUUCGAGCUACAGCGACGAGGCGGUGGAGUUGUGCAUCAAAGAAAGUGUUCCUGAAAUCAAUUGGAUAUACGUCGGCAUAGCUACUGUAUCAGUGCUACUUUUGUUGUGUUGUUGCUGCGUCUGCACGUUCAGGCGAUGUUGUAGAUAUUGUUGUAGCCAUGUUUUUGUUACCAUGGAAGAAGCAAUGAUUGAUUCACUUGAUUCAGAGUCUACAGAAUCCACAGCAAUCUACAGAACUGAGUCCACAGAAUUUACUACAGGAAGAGAAUUCUUUUGCUGCGUCUUCCAUGGUAACAAAAGCAGCGCUAUGAAAACACUUAUAUACUAG